AGGUGAAUUAUUCCAGCUCAAAUGCCGUAUCUGCGCGCAACACCGAGGAAAUAAAAUGAAUAUUCAACACAGCCUUGUAUUGAACAACGCAGCGAGAACACAAUACAGCCAUCUUUGUUAGCCAGUCGAGUGUUUUUUGAGCUUUUAGGAAUUUUAGGAGUUACGAUUCAGUUUUGGAAUAUAUUUCCUGGAUUUCUGUUUCACAACCCAAAAACAUAACCUUUCAGGAUUCAGGAUGGGUGAUGGACAAUGCUACUACAAUGAAACCAUAGCCUUUUUUUACAAUAAUAGUAAGAAGUAUCUGGCCACAGAAUGGAAUACUGUAAGCAAGCUAGUAAUGGGACUCGGUAUUACAGUGUGUAUUUUCAUUAUGCUCGCUAACUUGCUCGUGAUGGUGGCCAUCUACAUCAACCGCCGAUUUCAUUUCCCAAUCUACUAUCUAAUGGCUAACCUAGCAGCUGCGGACUUCUUUGCAGGACUUGCCUAUUUCUACUUGAUGUUUAACACCGGACCCAAUACAAGAAGGCUAACGGUUAGCACAUGGUUGUUGCGCCAGGGCCUUAUUGAUACGAGCCUGACAGCCUCAGUUGCUAACUUACUGGCAAUAGCCAUUGAGCGCCACAUCACGGUUUUCCGCAUGCAACUCCACACACGCAUGAGUAAUCGGCGAGUAGUUGUGGUUAUUGUCAUCAUUUGGACCAUGUCUAUUGUCAUGGGUGCCAUUCCCAGCGUGGGCUGGAACUGCAUCUGUGCUAUAGAGACCUGCUCCAACAUGGCACCCCUCUACAGCAAUUCUUACCUGGGCUUCUGGGCGAUCUUCAACCUGGUAACCUUUGUGGUGAUGGUUGUUCUUUACGCCCACAUAUUCAUGUAUGUAAGACAACGGACCAUGAGGAUGUCCCGGCACAGCUCGGGUCAACGGCGGAACAGGGACACUAUGAUGAGCUUGUUGAAGACUGUCGUCAUUGUAUUGGGUGCUUUCAUUGUGUGCUGGACGCCUGGUUUGGUGCUUCUCUUAUUGGAUGUGGUCUGCUCUGAAUGCAGUAUCCUGACCUACGAGAAAUUUUUCCUGCUUUUAGCGGAAUUCAACUCUGCCAUGAACCCAAUAAUAUACUCCUACCGCGACAAAGAGAUGAGCAUCACAUUCAAACAGAUCCUGUGCUGCCAGCGACAGGAGAAUGUGAACGGUACUGUAGAGGGUUCGGACCGGUCUGCGUCCUCCAUCAACCACACUGUCCUAAGCGGAGCCCACCAUAAUGACCAUUCGGUGGUCUGAGGUUCAACAGAUGCCAGAUUCUACAUAUUAUAAGCAAGCAGUGACUGUGAAAGGCAUUUACAUUGGCAAAGACUUUAUGGUUAUAAAGUUUUCUGUGCUGUUUGUUUUUUUUUUUUGGUUCGUUUUUAAUGUUUUGACAUUAUAUUGAGCUAUUUAAAGGCUAAUCCAAGUAGCCAGUUUAACACAAAUCUUAUAUGUUCGCAUAAUGCAUUAGAGUGUUUGCCCUAGUUCAUCCAAAAAUGAAAUUCAUGUCAAAUGUCAUCAUUUACUCACCGUCAUGUUGUUCCAAACCUGUAAUCAAUGGAACACAAAAAGAGACGUUAUACAGCAGUUCUGAGCUGCUAUCUUCCAUAUAAUAAAAGUGAAUAGGGACUGGGUCUAUUAAUCUCCAAAAAAGACAAGAAAGCACCAUUAAAGCAUCAUAAAAGUUGUCUGUAUGAAUUGUGUGCAACAUUCCAACAUUCCUAAUCUGAAAAAUCUUGCUUGACAGCCAUUGAAACCAUUCGCUUUUAUUGUAUGGAAAAGUGCAGCUUGGACAUUGGGCUAUAUAUAACUACUUAUUUGUUCCAUGGAAGAAAGAAAGUCAUACAGAAUUAAUGACAGAAUUUUCCAUUUUGGGUGAUUAUGAAAAAAAAGAUUAUUUUGUCUAGUUGCAAUUUUUGGCUAAAUUGUUUUAAACCAAUGAGUUGCAUUGUUUUUCUUUAUUGUACAGCAAGUGUUGAAGUAAAAGAGCUUGUUGACAAAUCUAGUGAAACUAUCCAUUAGUUUGCACUAGAAACAAAGAGUGCACUUGUGGGACCACUGGGAAAUAAUUUAGGUGAACUAUGCAAAAUUCUUGAUUAUUUCUUUUUUCCUUUUUUUUGCAUAGUUUAUUUUGCACUGCAGAUUCAUCCUAUGAUACCAUGCUUGAAAGCAAAUACAAUAUUUGUAUGUGUACAAUAUGUGCAGUGCAGCCUUCCUAGGAUUGACCAAAAAUAAAGACGGAACUAUUGCUAAUUAUAACAUGGCAGGGAGUCGUGCAAAAUUCAACCACAGGUCAAAAUUGUAACCCCCUUGGAUGCCAAUAUGAUCAAAAAGCUUGUUGUGUUAUCCUACUGUAGCUGAUUAUGGUAAUAAUAACUAAAUGGACAUGAAAUAUUGAUUUCAAUGUAAAUAAUUUUAUUACGUGAGAAGAAAUGGAAACAAAAUCAGGGACCAAAAAUACAUGGAAUUAGUACAGCUCUGUAGAAAAUAGCAUAGGUGUAGAUUUAGGUAGGGAUGAUAGGGACAUGUCCCCACCAACUUCGGAAAAUCGGAAAUGUCCUGACCAACAUCUGGACAAUUUUACCACACAGAAAAUACUUUAACUUUGAACUAUGUUUUUAAUUUCAUUUUAACAACUAUUAAAAGUCCUUAGUAUUUAUUAAUGUGUAAAUGAUUGUCCUACCUCUUCUGAAACAGCUCAUAAAUGGUGUUGUCAUGUGUCACCUGCUACUAUUAUCAGCGCUUUGCAGGAUGCACAACUGCCCACUGUUGUUCAUAAAAAACAACAAUAAUAAUAAUUUUCUGGAUAUUAUAGGGGCAGAUUUCCAUUGGUUUCUUAUGUCCAAUCCUUGAAAUUAAUAGAUUCAAGGUAAUAUUUAGACAUUUUUACCAAUAUUUUGAAUAUUAUCUUUACAAUAUGUCCCUACCAAUUUCCAAACCAAACCUACGCCCUUGGAAAAUAGGUUGCCUGCCACAAAAGUCAGUUAUACCGUUUUAGCAAUUAUACAAAACAUGCCUCGAUUGACCAAUCAGAAUCAAGUAUUCCAGAGCUCUAUGCACUGUAAUAUAAUAUAGGUUUAUUCCAUGUCAAAUCAAACAAAUUUCAGGAACUUCCUCGGCUGAAAUUACUUAUUUUGUUAAUAAUUUUUCUGAAGAAAGAUAAACAUAAAUUAUGAUGAAAGCCAAAACAUUAAAUGCCAUGGAUCAAUAUAUAUGGAGUUACCCAUUAUUUGUGGAGAGGGGUCAAAAUGGCUAUUUUCACUUUUGAUUUUGGAGCAAAACUACAGGUCAAAAAAUUACCUUAGAAAGGUGGCAGUGUCAUUGUUGUAUUUUUACACAGAGAUGAAUGGGUCUUUUACUCAGAUUAGUUGACUUCAGCACCCCUUGUUUUAAUAUAUGUCGAUUGUGUGUUGUCAUUUUUUUAUUUUUUUUACAUUUUUUAUGUUGCAGCCUUAUGCUAAAAUGCUUUAUUAUUAUUUUUCACAUCAAUCUACACUCCAUACCCCAUAAUGACAAAGCAAAAACCAGAUUUGUGAUAACUUUGCAAAUUUAUUAAAAAGAAAAAACUGAAAUAUCACGUUGACAUAAGUAUUCAGACUCUUUGCAAUGACUUGAAAGUUAGUUCAGGUGCAUCCCAUUUCUCUGGGUCAUCUUUGGGAUGAUUCUAAACUUUGAUUGGAGCCACCGGUGGAAAAUUCAAUUGAUUGGACAUGAUUUGGGAAGGCACACACAUGUCUAUAUAAGGUCCCACAGCUGAAAAUGCAUAUCAGAACAAAAACCAAGCCAUGCUCAGAGCUCAGAGACAGGACUGUGUCGAGGGACCGAUCUGGGGAAGGCUAGAACUUUUUUUCGGCUGCAUUGAAGGAGCACCGUGGCCUCCAUAAUUAUUAAAUGGAAGAAGCUGGGAACAACCAGGACUCUUCCUAGAUCUGUCCACCCGGUCAAACUGAGCAGUUUGGGGAGAAGGGCCUUGAUAAGAGAGGUGACCAAGAACCCAAUAGUCACUCUGAUUGAGCUCCAGAGAUCAUGUGUGGAGAUGGGAGAAACUUGCAGAAGGACAACCAUCACUGCAACACUCCACCGAUCUGAGCUUUAUGGCAUCAUUGCAACACUCAACCGAUCUGGGCUUUAUGGCAGAGUGGCCAGACGGAAGUCUCUCUUCAGAGCAAGACACAUAACAAAGCACCUAAAGGACUCUAAGACUGGGAGAAAAAUUAUUCUCUGAUUUGAUGAAAGAUUGAACUGUUGGGCCUCAAUUACAAGAGUCAUGCAUUACCUGCACAAUACCAUCCCAACAGUGAAGCAUGGUGGUUGUAGCAUCAUGCUGUGGGGGUGUUUUUCUGUAGCAGGGACUGGGGACUGGUCAGGGUUGAAGGAAAGCAGUAAAAUACAGAGAUAUCCUUAAUGAAAACCUGGUCCAGAGCGUGCAGGACCUCAGUCUGGGCUGAAGGUUCACCUUCCAACAGAACAAUAACCCUAAGCACACAGCCAAGACAAUGCAAGAAUGGCUUAGGGACAACUCUGUUAAUGUCCUUAAGUGGCUAAGCCAGAGCCCGAACUUGAACCCAAUCGAACAACUCUGGAGAGACCUGGAAAUGGCAGUCCAACUACGGUCCCCAUCCAACCUUACAGAGCUUGAGAAGAUCUGCAGAGAAGAAUGGCAGAAAAUCCCUAAAUCCAGGAGUGCUUGUAAAAGCUUGUAAAAAAAGUACAUUUAAUUUCAAGCGCAAGUGAUGUGUUGCUGCUAGCUUUAGCGUGUUAGCCAACCUCAGUUAACACUUGUAUAUUAAUCUACAUAUUCACACAGCUUGGGGUGAUGGUAAAGCAUUCAACUCACAUUUGUAAGGUGCUGUAUCCGCUGAAGUUUAGCUAGCUGCUACAUUCUUCAAUAUUUACAAUUGUUUUGUCAGACCAGCAGUGCAGCCAGGUAACCCCGCCCCUUUCCGCUAUUUACGGCAAGCCACGUGUGCUGAGUGCAUGAAUUGUCCAACAUUCCACACUAACAAUAUUUUUUAUGGUUGAAAAAUUGCAUCAUCCGGGUCCUUAAAUUACACUUCUUUAUGCUGCAUUUUCAGUGUAAAUCUACUACUCGCACUUUUUACACUACAAAAUGGUGUAGAAUAGUGCAGAAGUGUGUGAUUUGGAACGCACCUAAAGAAAAGGAAAUAUUUAUAUUGACCAUUUGGUAUUUUGGCUAUAUCAUGUGAUUUACAAUUUUAAAGAUAUUCAUUGACAUGUGUUGAUGGUUAAUACUAAAUUCACUGACAAGCUAUAUUUUAGAAUUUCUCAUUUCUUUUUGGGGGGAAAUCUAAUAGAAUUCACCAAAAAGUUAUUUCCGCAAUGGAAUAAUUUAGGGGUCCUAAGGGGGUUGUAAUUUAGAAGGUGGUUUGAAUUUCACACAACAAGGGUCCUUAAAUAUUAGUUUGAGCUGGGUAGAGCUAUACUUCAGUAACUUGAUUCAUAAGAAAAUUGACAACACAAUUUUAGUAACACUGUAUUUAACAACUACCUUUUUUUCUUUUCUUUUUUUUUUUUACAUUGAUUGGUCCCGAUUUAGACCUCGUAUUUGAGGCUAUUUUAUUUUUGUACACAUUUUGUAUGUGUUUUCAGCCAUUCUGAGUCAGUCUCUGAUAAUUUUUUCUAAAGUAUUUAAUGUGCAUUGAAGACUACAUGCCACUUUGCUAAAACACAGGACAAUAGUAGAAAUAGCAUUGUUAAAUUGAGAGUAGACGACAGAUUAUUUUAGUGACGUCCAAUUUGGUCGACAAGAACCAUGUUUUACAUUGAACAAAAUUUUAGCAUAAAAUUUUUUAUUUUUACGUUCCUCGUUAUAUGUAUCUCUGCAUGGAUCUUUCUGGUGUAAUAAACAGAGGCGCAACAACGAGUUUCGUUCACUUUCACACAAAAUCGUGAGUAAAAUGACAGGUUAACAGAUCAUGAAACUGAUGUUUCAAUCUGCCCUUACAAAAAAAUUAUUGCCGCUCAUUAUUUUCACAUGCAAAUGAGCUUUUGAUUCACUGCUAAUGUUUGCCUGAUUUUUGCAGCUCUUCGCUGGUAGUGGUAACCUCCGGCAAACCUUUGGCAACAAUGGACAUUUUGCCGCAAAUUUGCAGCAAAGCUCAUUUUCAUGUGAAAUAUAUAAAAUUUUAGCAAAAUUAGCACAUUUGCAUGAACUCAGUUUUUGUUAGGCCGUUCCUCUCACAAUACAUUAAAAACUUAUGACAUUGAAACACUUUUACUAAAAUACCUUACUUAAAAGUCAAUUAAUUUUAACACUUGCAUUACAUAACCAACUACAUUCAAGACCAGCAAAGCAUGUGAGAUGGCACGUGAUCCGAACGUGUCAUAAAAGUGCCACGAAAUGACGUGGUUGCUUCAGCUAUUGCAUUUUUUGUCUCACAAUUGCUUUUUAUGACACUAUCGUUUUGGUUAGGGAGGUCGGUUCUGUUCAUUCAAAACUCCAUAGAACAUUAAGCCCAAAGUAUAUUUUGACGGCGAGCCUGUCAACGUAUACCUGUCCGCACAUACAUAGGCGGUUGGUGCAUUCGCGCUACGACUGCUAUGAGUUUAGACCCAUAAAGAUGCCUUUAUUGUCCUACAGAGUCAAGUUAUACAAAUGCAGGUAUCUCCUGAUCUCCUCUCAAAUCUACUGUGUUUGUUUUUACCUUCAUCUCCUGUUGUUUAGCAGCGAUUACUUAAUCUUACAUACCGGUAAGCUUUUUCCUGACAACAAAGGCUCAGCUGUUAGUGUUGCCACCUUGUGGACCCAUUAAUUUGUGCAAAUAAUUCCAGGCACAUGUGCAUUCUGCGUGUUUACAGACACACUGUUAGAAAAAUCGGGCUUUGCGAGUUCAGUGCUCGAGUACUAUGCUGAUGGUGAGAUUUAUGUCACACAUCCCUGACCGAAGUAUACUUUGGGCUUAAACCUUAAAAACAUUUUUUUGGGACAACAUUUACCUUGAUUUUAGCGCUCCUCAGUGGACAUUUCACCUUGAAACUGCAGCGAUACGCGUAAUAAACCACAUAAUUUCAUUUUGCAAAAAUGUUGCUAGUCACUUAAUUUUCAUGAGAUCAGUCUGAAUUUGGGGCUACGGAAAUGACCGUUCAUGAAAGUGGUGCAACAUCUCUUGUGUCAUGACCAUAAUCAAAAUGUAAUCAUGUUGAAAUAUUUUCACAAUUUUUUUAUGGUUAAACAUGACAGAAAUGAAAUGAUCAGAGUCAGUCUGUACUCCAUAUACCAGUGUAUGUGCGUAUGUAUAUAAUAUGUGUAUAUAUUCAUAUAUGUUAAUCAAAAAGGAAUGCCUAUUGUGUAAAGUUAAACAUUUUGAACCAUUGUAUAGCUAUUUUUCUUGUAUAGCUUCUUAAUUUCCUUUUAUUUUAUACUUUUUCUUAAAAUCUAGUUUAAACUACAUUUUUGGCCAAAUGACUUUGUUCUGGAAGGACCCGUGUUUGUAAAUGUAGUGCCACAUACACUAGCCCCAAUCAUAUUUGGCACUGAAGGCACACCUAAAAAUCUAUGAAUGAAAUACAAAAUAGCAAGCCAAGUGGUAUUUGUAUUAUAUUAUAUUAAAGAAAGUUAGCACAACCACACUUUUAGCUAAAACUUUGUCAUAUAUUAAAUAUUUAACAAAGCAUAUUGUGUGAACUUGUGGGAAACUGGCUCUAAGAAAAGCUCUAUCAUCAUUUGUUUAUUUUUUUAACAUUGGGCUGAUAUUUGUUUCUUGUUCAAUUAAAUUCAUACAUUUUAAGUGUUGCUUAAGUGUCCAAAAGCUUUUUGAGGCCACUGUAUCACAACAAUGCUAGACAUGCUACAAUAUCUGUGAAAGGAACAUAUGUAUGGUCUGAUGUUCAGAUGAGGGAAAUAUUCUCAGGAAAUGAUCUUCUGUUUAAAACUUCAGAAAUUGUUAAUGACAGUAUUGUUGUUUAAAAAGGUAUUAUGUUACUUCCCAUUUGAUGUUGCUAGAAUAUGAAGGUCCAAAAUGAAGUUAGGAUUUUUUUUUGGGGGGGGGGCCUGAGAUGCUUACUUUUUUAAACCUAUCAGUAUUACAAACUGUCAUAAAACAAUAAAUACUAACAUUGUCAUAUGUUUUACAAUGAAAA